CUCACAAAACAGCUGUCAAUUUCGUCGUCAUCAGCAAUCUGUCAUAUCGGUUGACUGUUAUCUCUAUUUUUGUGCUAAAAAUAUAUAAUUGAGGAGUGAGAAAAACUUUCCUUUGUGUUUAUUGUACAUGACAAACUCUAAAGUGGCGUGAAUAAGUUUUCAACAAUGUCGAAAUUCGAGGAUAAUCCGUUUAGUGAUCCAACCAUAGACAACCCGUUCGCAGACCCUGCGGUGCAGCAAGUGGCCAGAAGUACUAAUAAUGCUACACGAGGUCUCGACGACUACAAUCCCUUCGAUGGCCAACAAAAUGCAAAUCAAGCUACGCCACAGGCACCGCAGCAGCCUUCGCAGCCGGCCAUCAUGCAGGCAGUGUCACCUCCGGUGAGCGGACAGUACACACGGCCAGCUCAGCCCCAGCCCCAGGCACAGUCCCAACCACCACAAAACUUCACUACAGCUGACUUUCAGAGAAGACAAGAGGAGUUAGAGAGAAAAGCUGAGGAGUUAGCGCGGAGGGAGGCGGAGUUGCGCGCUGGUUCGGCCGGGCGACGGAACAACUGGCCCCCACUGCCCGCCUUCUGCCCCAUACAGCCAUGUUUCUAUCAAGACAUCAAUGUGGAUAUACCGCUGGAAUUCCAGAGGAUCGUACGUCACCUCUAUCACCUAUGGAUGUUCCACGCCCUGGUUCUAACACUGAACAUAAUAGGCGCCAUGUCACUGAUGUUCGCUGGUAACGGUUUCACGACGUUCGGCCUAUCGAUCCUGUACUUCAUCCUGCUGACGCCCUUCAGCUUCGUCUGCUGGUACCGGCCCAUCUACAAGGCGUUUAGAAGCGACUCUUCAUUCAACUUUAUGGUCUUCUUCUUCAUAUUCCUGUUCCAAAUCAUCGUCACUGUUGUGCAGUCUAUUGGCUUCAGCGGUGGAGGUUCUUGCGGACUGAUCACCAGUAUCGGCGCUUUCAAAACGAACGUUGCAGUCGGCAUUAUCACUUUGAUGGUCACCAUUGGAUUUAUCAUGUGUGUCGUCGUUGAUGUCAUGUUAAUGGCUAAGGUUCACCGCAUCUACCGAUCAACGGGCGCGUCACUGGCCAAGGCGCAGGCGGAGUUCACGACGGAGAUAUUACGCAACCAACACGUCCAGACGGCCGCCUCGAGCGCCGCGGCCGCCGCCGUCAACGCGCAGAUCGCUAACGCUAACCGGUAUUAGUCAACGGCCAACGUAUAGCAUGAGUAUGGAAUAAAUGUGUCGCUGGAGUCUGCAUAUCGAGAUAGUACGCGAUAACUUCAUCAAUCAAGAUACCUAUAGUAUUCUUCUGAUAUUAAAAUAAACAUGCAUUUUCUCGGACACAGACAUUAUUAUCGCGAAUUAUUAAUGUUCAUCGCGUUUUUAAUCAUAAACUUGUACUCUACCUCAAGUACGAUCAAAUUAAACGAUAGCUUGGGGUAUAGAAAGCGUUCUUACUUGUCAAUCACUACUCGCAUUAUCAAUUACUUAAUAAAAUAUGUGAUUGGUGUAAACUCUGUUCGUUUGGAGUUUAAUGUAACGCUGUACAAAGCGUUCCCUAAUGCCGUAGUAGCCCCGUGUGUUAAGAAGCUGUUGUAUCGGCCAAAAUGUCAUAUGGCUGUGUAAUUGUUAUUUAAAAACAAUUAAUUGAACUAAUUUAUGCAGUUUGGCGUUUCAAUUAUUAAUUAAAUGUAUAGUGCAACACAUAAUAGAGUUUUAGUAGCUUUGUAUCAAUUGUUGUGUUACAAAUACAAUGAAUGUUCGCUGUUGUCAUCAUCGUUUUUCAUCGUAAUAAAUGUAAUAAAAUCAAAAUUAAGACUUUUUUUUCAUCUCUAUUUUCUGUCGCACUGUACUUAUUGAACAGCAUUUGAGUAUUUUACUACGCUAAUGGUUACGAUAUUUAUGGAAUUAUGAUAUAAUAUUACGCCACUAAUUAGUUAUUUUGCUAGCUGUAAUGGUUAUUUUUAAUCGACAUGAGCUUACGAACGCUUUAAGAUCUACGUACCUACUAAAGAUGUGGAAUCUACACAUGAAUAGUGUUUACCAGGGUUUCAUUAUUGCUGAAUACGUCAUUACUCAUAAAGCGGUUCAUAUUUUUGUACACAGAUAUUGCUUAGUACAUUUUUUCGUAAAUUGUCAACUCUUACGUACUAACUUGCAUGUAUCUUAAUGUCUACAUAGUCAUAUUGGUACAUACUACAAAGCUCAAUAUCGAGCGAUUAUUAAAUUAUCGUUUGUUUGCAAAUAUUAUCUGUUGUUUACUUUUUUAUAGUUGUAAAUUAAUAUGUUUUGUUAACAUUCCAAAAAUAUGAUAUGUAAAUAAUAAAUAAAUAUCCUUUGAAUAUUUAAAUUUGAAGUUUAAUGAAUGUUUAAUAAUCUCCAUGUAACAUCGCUAAUAAAUGUAUGUAUUUGGACCAUUUACUUAAUCGUUAGUGUUUCCAAUGUGUGACUCCCUCUUGCCCUGCGUUGAGACUAUCUAUUAGAUGCACAAGACUUCGAUUUUAGUAUUUAUCGUUGUAUAAAUAUAUAGUGUAAGUUGGUAAACAUUUAAGCAUAUUAUUAACUAGUCAAUGGACUAAACAGCUUCGGUAACUAAAACAAAUACAAUACAUAUGCCGCUUGCGAAAUGUAUCUUAGUAAAACAUGUGACCGCCCAUUAUUGGGGCGCGACGGUACGUACGUAGGUAUGUUAUGUAUAAUCUGGGCCUAGCAUAAUGUAAAUUAUUUACCAGACCGUCCUUACCCCAGAUAAAUGGUAAGCGAAGGCGUGUAGAUUUAUCUAAAUGUUUAAACUGUUUUGUAACGAUUAAGUCAUGUUAUAAACUUAUGAUUAAUAAUAAAUAUAGUUUCAGAAAA